AUGCGCUUUGAAGCUCCUAUCAGUCAGGUGGCUCUUGUCUCCCUGCUCGCUGGUACAGCUGUGGCUGCUCCUCGCAAUGUCAAGCAGAUAGAAGUUGACUCUGUUGACGUUGUUGAACUCUUCGAGCGCGCGCCUGCCGGUAACAUGUUGAUCGCAUCUACCACUCGUGUUGGUGGUGUUGUUAUCGUUCUACCUGAGUUCUUGGCCACCUCCUCCAUGGGCAAAUCAUCGUCAAGCAAGACAAGCGCAAAGACAACCUCCUCUACCAAGAAGAGCUCCUCGACGAGUAAGAGUUCCAUCAAGUCAUCGUCUUCAGUCAAAAAGACCCCCGCUUCAAGCUCGGCCAAGAAGACCUCAUCAUCAUCCUCCUCCAAGGUCACUUCUUCUGCGAAGAAGUCUUCCUCCAGCAGCAUCUCAAAGGCCCCAUCCUCUUCAUCUAAGGUUUCUAGUUCUGUGAAGAAGGUUUCAUCCUCCACCUCCAGCUCCAAGUCUAGCUCCUCCUCGGCAAAGGCUGUUCCCAUUCCUGCUACCACCAAGAUCCCUGCAAAGGUCUCCAGCAUCCAGUCCAAGAUCUCAAGCGUCGAGUCCAAGGUCUCGUCUAAGCUUGCCUCCAAGAUCUCUGCAGUCGUCUCCCAGAUCACUGCACAAAAGUCGCCUUCAUCAUCGAAGGCCAUAUCCAGCACUCCUUCGUCGUCUGCAUCAUCUCGUGUAUCUUCUUCAUCCGCUGUAUCUUCCAGCUCUCUCAGCACCAGCUCUUCAGCUGUCCCAUCCACUUCGAGCUCCUCGGCUUUCUCGUCCACUUCGGCAUCAGCAUCUUCCACUUCGAGCAGCUCGAUCGUUGCUUCCUCAUUUUUGAGCUCAUCCUCGAGCCACUCCAGCUCGUCGUCUUCAAUUUCCAGCGUCUCGACAUCAUCUUCUGUCGAGCCCACCAGCUCCUUUGUCUCUACCUCUAGCUCUUUAGCUCUCCCCUCCUUAAGCUCUAUUGAGUCUUCAGCAUCCAGCUCGUUGACCGAGUCUUCAACAUCAAGCUCGUUGAUCGAGUCUUCCACCAGCUCUUCUGUAAUUUCUACCAGCUCGUCGAUCGAGCCUACUCCCAGCAGCACCACCUCAUCAUCCACGUCUUCCGUCGAGGCUUCCCCCACUCCAACCCCUCAAUUCUCCAACAGCAACGGCACCUUUGCCGUCAACGACAGAUACGUCUCGAGCAUAAUUUCCUCUGUCGAAUCUCGCUUCAGCAGCGCUCUGGCAGCGCAGUCCAUCUCUAUGCCUUCAUUCUCUUCCUUCUCCACUCCUACUGGAUACGGCGCUACUCUUCAGCCUAGUGCUACCAGUCUCUUUGUUUCCGAAGUUCAAAGUGUGAUCUCUAGCUAUUUGAGUGAGGCUUCUAUUACUGUCUCGCUGCCCACUUCUACCAGCAGUGCUUAG